AUGGGCAACAACCCGAACUAUGGCACGGCAACUGCCGAGCCGGCAACUCUGAACACCAACACCAACACCACCACCAUCCACGAUGAGGAAACCCCCUUGAUUCCAUCACCACCAGCGACUCCCGAUUCCAAAGUCAAGCCUCUAGUCGGAGUCGGAACAAUUAUUGCAGUCUUGCUACUCGGCGAAUUCAUCUCCAAUGCCGACGCAACCCUGGUCAUCGCCGCAUCGGGCCACAUCUCCUCGGAAUUCGAUCGACUACGCGAUGCGAGCUGGCUAUCCACCGCUUAUACCCUCGGUCUUUGCGCCGCACAGCCCAUGUACGGGAAACUCAGCGAUAUCUACGGUCGCAAACCGCUCCUUUUGAUCUCCUACUUUUUAUUUGCCCUGGGAUGUAUUAUCAGUGGUGUUGGUUCGCAGAUGUGGAUCGUCAUUCUGGGACGCGCCAUUAGUGGAAUGGGAGGUGCGGGCACUAUGACCAUCAGCUCUGUUAUUAUCACGGAUAUCGUUCCGAAACGCGAAAUCGCGACAUGGAGAGCCUACGUGAACAUUUCCAUGACCCUGGGCCGCAGUCUCGGAGGUCCAGUGGGAGGAUGGCUGAGCGAUACAGCUGGAUGGCGAUGGCUGUUCCUCCUCCAAGUCCCCUUCUUAGCCCUCGCCGCAGUCCUAGUGAUCAUCAAGCUCAAAGUGGCCCAGUCAACCCCCGAAACACCAGAGACCGGAAAAUCAAAACUUCGCCAAGUCGACUUCCUAGGAACGGGUCUUCUCGCAUCGGGCAUAAUCUCCCUAAUCGGUCUGCUCGAUCAAGGAGGCAAGGCCUUCCCCUGGGCAUCAGGCCUAACAUUCGUGCUCGGCAGCGGCGGAGUCCUACUAAUCGUAGCCUUCGUCCUGGUCGAGGCCUACGUAGCCACAGACCCCAUCUUCAACCUGCGCAUCCUCCGCAGACCCAAUGUAGCCGUGAGCUACGUCCUCAGCACCCUGCAGAUCACCGCCCAGCUCGGCAUGCUAUUCUCCGUCCCGCUGUACUUCCAAGUCACGCAAAAGGCAUCCACCACCGCGGCAGGUGUGCAUCUCGUCCCUGCAGUUGUCGGUAACACCCUCGGAGGAAUCCUGGCGGGAGUCUUCAUCAAAAAGACGGGCUCGUAUCGCGUUCUCCUUGUGCUUUCCGGCCUGGUCGCAUCCAUCACUUACGUUCUGCUCUAUCUGCGCUGGGACGGACACACGGGUCCGUGGGAAUCGCUUUACAUCAUCCCCGGUGGUGUGGGAACCGGCAUGGCCUCUGCGGCUGCAUUCGUGGCCAUGACUGCGACAUUGCCUCCGGAUGAGGUGGCUAUGGCGACGGCCGGAUACAUGUUGUUGAUCAGUUUGGCGAUGACGGCGGGUAUCACUACUUCGAAUUCGGUGCUGGGCAUGGAAUUCCAGCGCCAGCUGCGUCUUAAUCUGCGUGGUCCUGGCUCGGAGAGGGUCAUCAAACGUGCCAUGGCCGACACCAACUAUAUUGCGCAUCUCACCGGUCGCCUUCGCGAGAUUGUGGUGGAAUGUUAUAUUUAUGGUCUUAAGAAUACCUAUGUCGUCUCCUUUGGAUGCUCCAUUGCAGCUUCAGCCUUGGGACUGUUUAUUAGGCAUCAUCAGCUGUAA